UCACCAUCGGUGGGGCUGCGGGAGCCGUGGGGCUCGGGAGCUGCAGGCGGGGGCCCAUUGUGGACCUCAUUGGUGCCAUGGAGACCCAGUCUGAGCCCUCUGAAUUAGAACUGGAUGAUGUUGUCAUCACCAACCCCCACACUGAGGCCAUUCUGGAGAAUGAAGACUGGAUUGAAGAUGCCUCGGGUCUCAUGUCCCAUUGCAUUGCCAUCUUGAAGAUUUGUCACACUCUAACAGAAAAGCUUGUUGUCAUGGCAAUGGGCUCAGGGACCAAGAUGAAGACUUCAGCCAGCGUCAGUGACAUCAUUGUGGUGGCCAAGCGGAUCAGCCCCAGAGUGGAUGACGUUGUGAAGUCCAUGUACCCUCCACUGGACCCCAAGCUGCUGGAUGCACAGACGACUGCCCUACUUCUGUCUGUCAGUCAUCUCGUGCUGGUGACCAGGAAUGCCUGUCACCUGACCGGGGGCCUGGAUUGGAUCGACCAGUCCCUGUCAGCUGCCGAGGAGCACCUGGAAGUCCUUCGAGAGGCAGCUCUGGCUUCUGAGCCAGAGAAAAGCCUCCCAGGUCCUGAAGGCUUCCUGCAGGAGCAGUCGACCAUUUAGUCCUAGAGGUGGGCAGGUGGCCAAGGUGGCCUGUUCCGUGCCUGGGUGGUUCAGCUGAGCUCGCCACUUUCCCUGCAGAGUUAGCUUUUCUCCAGGGCUCAGGACUCCAGCUGUGCUUGGGUGCCUCUGUUGCAAUGGCAAGUGGUGUCUGAAGAGUGGCAGUCUAAUACCACAGUCAGGGGAGACACCGUCCAUCAUUGGUACAGCAG